CGUGACGCAGCGAGGACCACUUUCACCCGAAGUUGCAGUCUCAAUCCUCAACUUCGCCGCUCUUUUCCAGGCGAAGGAAUGAUCUCGUUCUCACACCGUGACGCUUGAGCGUUGUCCCCUCCUUUCUCGCCUCUCAUUCCGUUCCUCUCCCCUCCCGUCUCCUCAGCUCCUGCCAUUUGUCGAGCUCUCUCUUACUGCUGCACCUUCCUCUCUCCUCCUACUCUUCCUUUUUCUUGAGUCCUCAUACUCCUCCUUCAUUACCUACCUAGGUAGGUACCUACUUACUUACUUGGCCCCUGGGCCCACUCUCGUAAAGGCAGGUAUCUUCGUCGUCGAGGUACGAACACACGCAUGGUCUUUUCCCCCUCGAUCCUUCCGGUCCAAUCACUCUCGUCCCACGGAAUAGCCCGUCUGCUCGUCAGACAAUCGACACCAUCCAAGACAGCAUCUGGUGUUGGGGUUUCCCGUCUGUUUUAGCCUCUCAUUCCAUUCCAGGGAGGUACAGUCUACGUUUACGUCAAUGAUCCUUCAUUGACUGGUCCACGCGGCUUCUGUUUCAUUCCUACACCUCCUCCUUCCUCUUCUCUCAGUCUCAGUCUGACCCGCUCGGCUCGCAGCCGAAUUUUCCAGAGGCCGUGUUCACCACCCAGGGCCACACUAAGGCAAAGACCAGAGGAGAAAACGGAAGGACAGAAAGACAAGAAAACCUAUCGCGGGCCAUAUAGCGACGACAAAUUUCCCUCGUGCAACCUUCGCGCGCAUUCGUACUGCGCACGUCUCAUGCAAGCCAGACUCCCAGACAGGCCAAAGACCGUCUGAUCAGGACGUCAGGAGAGGAGCGGGAAGGUCCCAUUGGGCUGAAACUCUAAAUCACGGACUCGGCCCAAUUCAAGACUCGUCCGGCAUAUCAGGUCAUCUGACAAGGUGCAGUCCUCCCUUGCCUUACCUUGUCUCGUCCUGUCUUGUCUCCCCCUUUCCCCCUCCGUCGUCGAGACAUCUUGUGGCUCGGUCUCCCUGCCACUGCCGGCUGGCAUUGAUCUCUCAGGAGACCUGCCGUUCAUCGUCACCCAGACACGCAAACGCAGAUACUCCCUCGUCGAUCCCUCAUAGCUAGAACUUCGAUCCUGAGCCAGCGGCCAGAACAUCGAAUUUCAUACCUCGACCCUGCCAGCCAGCCAGCCAGCCAGCCAGCCGCCUGCUCUUCUCCCCACUCGGCAUCACAAAUCCCCGUCCCGACACACCCUUGAUCCCUUCUUCCCUCCCCUUUCAUCCGGUCAGCCAUAUUCGCGGACCAGGCUUCAUAGCCUUUCUGGACUGUUGAUGGUCGAAGUGGAACCGGUACCAAACCAGCCCAGGCUAAACUAAACCAAGCUAAACUAGAGCCCUAACACAUCGGUGCCGUUCAAUCCUCAGCGGCACACGGUAUUGUCCGUAGGGCGUCGACAUCUGUGCUCAUCGUUUCGCUACCGUCAUUUCAUUACCUCAUCCGCCCUGGCAUCUCGCUGUCACUUGUCUCGCUCUCCAUCACCUGUCGGGUUGCGCAUCGGCCACGCCCCACGGUACGGGUACAAACACAAACAAACACGCACGCACGCACGCACACCCGCCCGCCCGUUCGUACACCAGUACUACCGUACCCUCUUACUCCCUUUGGCCCCGUUUCUUAGUGGGCGCCGGAGGACAUCCUGAGUUUGGGCUGACAGUAGCGUGUGCCGGGGCCCGUUGUUGGUCGUCGCUGUUAGCGUUGGCUGCUCGCUGCUGGAACUUGGCCGCGGGGUGCUCGUGUUCUCUUGCUGGUUCCUGGUCUUGGGUUCAAGCCUCGUUGCUUGGUGCUGUUCUCUCCUUCGGCCCCAUCUUUCCUCUUUGGCCCGCACCUGCAAGUUGCAACUGCCUGCACCUGCAAUUAGAUUCCUUGUUUGGUUGACGCUAACGUUGACGGCUCCGCCGUGGCCCGUUGACGCCGCCGCUUCUGCUGUUCCCGGCCCCGGUCCAUAUUCAACAUCCCCCUGCCGCCCUGUCGUGUUCCUGGCGACCUCGACGUUGCUUUCAGACGCUCUCCUCCUCCCCACUUCUCUCUCUCUCCACUUUCAAUUUCGACCACGUUACGCAUCGGUGCACACGCCCACGCUCGCCGUCCUCGGGGCAUCACCCUCCUGUACUGUCGGGGAUCAGGGCGGCCUUGGGCUCGUGGAGUCGCGUGUCUCUCUCCCUGUUUUUCGGACUACACGGAUACCAUACCAAAGCCCCGUUUUUAUUACACUGAGGGCCUCAUCCGAGUCCGACGGAGCUUGAUGACUUGACUCGACAUGACGACUAAGCAGCCCCGCAAGAGAGCACUGGACCUAGACGAGGAUCCCCUCCCAGUCCCCAAUACGACCGCUUCGGCGUCUGUUCCUACAAUUACACCUUCGUCUACGCCCAUAUCAACCCCCUCGCCCGGGGACGACCUCGACAUCGCCAGCCAAGGCUAUCAAGUAUGGAGCCCUCCGUCAGAGUUUCCCCCGUCCCAAUCCGAGUCCAAUCCCACAACACGCCGGCGGCGGCUUUCCAAAUCACAAAGCGGCCGUCAUCGACACGCGGCAUCUUCUCUAGCGUCACAUCCUGAUUUUCCAUCCAACUCGUCGACUCUGGGGCCUCUGUACGGCCCGCCCGUGUCUCCUCGUCGGUCUGCCAAUUUAGUCCUCUCGCCAGUCCUCCCGCCUCCGGAGUCUCGCUACGUGGAUCACUUGGCCCUGUCGAACCCCUUUGAUGACAACGCUGACGAUGAGAACCGUCUCGUCUUGGGUGAACGCCCAAUACAGCGGGGGGCCAAGGUUGACGGAUACAUCAAGUUCCACAACGAGAAGAAGAAGAAGGUAGCCAGCGAGGCUCACGUCGCCAUCUUCCAGUACAAGGGAAGCGGACAAGAAUAUUCCCCCAAGUCGUCGACCCUUGCCAUAUACCUCUCUCCGCAGUACAUGGGGGAGAUGGGCCUGCAAGACAAUGAUGAUAGGAGUCUCUUCGCGUUUUAUCUCAAGGCUUGGUGCCCGGGCCGGAGCGUCCUUGACAAAACCAACUGCUGGUUCGAAAACAUCCCCCGGAUGGCAUCCAAGGACUCCUGCGUCAGGUCCGCCAUCCUGGCGCUCGCUGGAACGUACGUACUCGACUAUCAGCCCAGAGAGAGGAUCCGGCAGGUUGCCCAGCGCCAUUACAAAACUGCUGUCAUCCUUCUGAACAUGGUAUUGAAGAAUGCUCAUGACCAACUCCCCACAGAGAAUGAAGCCGAUUGUAUGGUGGCUGCUAUAGCCCUCCUGAACAUGAUCGACGUAGUAUCUCCUGAGCAGCGACGCCCACCAAAUUGCGUUCCUCGCUGGUUAGAAGGUGCUCGUCUGGCGUGCAGGAUGCUGGACGCGACUGAUCCAGGCCACCGCUACUGGAACCCUGUCAACAUUCAGCCCUCUGAGGCCCAGACGGGUAACAUGAUCAUUGCGGGGAGGGCGGCUAUUCUCGCCCUUCCGAUGACUCCCCUCGACUUGGCUGCCACAGACAAUCACCAGUUUGCGUGGCUGUUGCAGGGAUCUGAGCACGAUGUCCACAGAGUCCACGGCGGGUGCGGCAUGUCUCCGACACUCCUGCAUCGGUUUUCACAAAUCACACACUUAAGCGCGUUUUUAUCCGCGCACCCCAUAGAUAGCGAGUUUUUGAUCAAGGCGAGCGUCGACGAGCUGCUCGGGGAGCUUGGGAACCUCCGUCAGUGGACCGAGUCUGCCUCAUCUUCGGCCGUAUCUCGACCGGACAAGUGUAGAGACAUUUCUCUUCCCAGCGACCUGCUGUCUUCGAUCAAACUUGGCAAGCACGGCCUCAUCGUUGACAGGAAUUCCAUGACAGAAGUCACGGCAGAGGCGUGGCGUCUAGCGGCCAUCAUCUAUUUGCGGUGCCGUCUGGAGAGGCUUCCCCGCUCUCACCCGGACGUCGUCUCCCAGAUAUCAGAACUGGCGAAGUGUAUUCAGGUGAUGCCCACAUCAGGUACCUUCUUCACCGCCCAAGCUCCCUUCUUCCCAGUUUUCCUGCUGGGUGUUUUGGCCCUGCACGAGUCUCACGUCCAAUGCGCCUUGGAUUGGUUCCACUCCGUCAUCAAUACCAGUUGCCGCUCCAGCGUCCCCCCGGCGUUCCAAUCCCUCGAGCGGGUUCGCGCAUGGAUGGGCCCUAACAUCCAUGACAUGAAUCCCUCCGAACUGCCUCGGCGUAUCUUUGAGCGAUACCCUUGGUGGGAGACGCUCGUGGCACAUAUCGUCUCGACCGAAGGGACAUUGUGCCUGAUUUAGGAGAGAGAAAAGCGGAGGGACGUGACGUGGACAAUACGAUUUCAAUAAGUAGUUACGCAUUUGGGAAAGGAGCAUAAGCCAUUAAUUCCUUUAACUAUCGUUAGAGUUAUCUCUAAGUAUUGCUGGAUCGUACACCUUUUCCAUUGAGUCGGGUAUUCCCUUGCCUCAUCCCACCGAUGCCCAGUUUCCUCCUUCGCCGUCCUGGCAAGGUGGGCGGAAAGUGUUUUAUAAACGAAAGGAAAGCGAA